AUGCUGAGCUACCUCGAGAACGACCAGUCUGUACAGCACUUACUACAUGCAGUCUGUAUACAGUCUUCCGCCCUCGCGUCUUCCGACAUCUCUGUCUCACCGGGCGUAACCUACCGCACAUGCGACAACUCGUGCGAUGUGGGUUUGACCGCCGAGGUGGCCAAGGUCUUGUCACAGCUAAGUGAUGUGGCCGGUCCCCUCGGUCUGCAAGCGGUGGUCGUCGUGCCCUCCCUGUUAUCUGCACUUUCUGUGCCGUCGCCGGACGUGCGCGAUCUCACGCUGGGCACCGUGAUAGCGGCGACAUUCAGGGCAUACGUCCGUCUCAGUCGCAACUUGUCUGGUCUGCGUAAAAUGGUCACCGAUGGACUAUCGUGCAUGUUUCCAGCACUCUGGGACAUGUCCUUGACGCCUCUUGCCCAGCUGGUGUGCCGCCUCAGCUAG